AGAAAAUAAUAAUAUAUUAAUUGUUCCUAUAUUCGUUAAUGGUGGACUAGUUGCAGCCACAUCAAAUGAGGAUGUGAAUAUUUUGAUAAACUAUCUGAAACAACAUUUUAACAUUACAAAAGGAGAAUUAAAACAAUUUUUGGGAACAGAAAUUGAGCAAAAAUCCGAUAGAUCAUUUGUAAUGCACCAAUGGUUGUAUUGUAAAAUAAUAUUGGAGAAGUUUAAUAUAACUAAAGCAAAUUCAAUUCAAAAACCAGCAGACCCUCAACAUUCAUUAGAUGACAAGAAACAAAUUCCUAACUUAACCAGUAAAGUACCAUAUCGUGAAACCGUUUGAAGCUUUUUAUAUCUCAAUCAGAUAACAAGACCAGACGUAUAACUUUUUCAGUGAAUCUAGUUAGAUACGUCGAAGAUCCAAAAAAACACUGGACAGCAGUAAAACGAAUUUCAAAAUAUUUAAAAGGAACUAUUAAUUUUGGAUUAUUAUUUAGUUCUAGACAAACAUUUUUGUUAAAUGGAUACAAUGAUGCUGACUAUGCAGGUGACUUGGAUACACGAAGGUCAGCAUAAGAGUCAGUAUUUAUAUUAGUAUUUGGAAGUAUAACAUGAAGUUCACGUCAUAAACAAUGUAUUAGACUUGGUACAACUGAUUCAGAGUACAUGACUAUAAGUCAAGCAAUACAAGAAUUAAUUUGGUUAAAAUUGUUUUUAGGUGAAUUACUCGCUUAACCGAGAAUGAUGCAAACAAUUUAUGGAGUGAAAAAUCCAGGGUUUCAUAGAAGAACUAAGCAUAUUGAUAUUCGCUAUUACUAUAUAUAAGAAAAAUUAAAUUACGGAUUGUUUUAUUUGGAGUACAUACCUAGUAAACAGCAGAUUGCGGACAUUAUGAUAAAGGCAAGUCUUCGAACAUGUUUUCAUGAACUUAAGGAGAUAUUAGAGGUUUUAAAUAUUAAUGUAUAAAGUUUUAUUGUUUUAGAGGUGGUAUUGUAAUUAUAAACGACACACUCUGUAUUAUGUAGAUUAUAAGUAAACUAUUCAUAAUGUAGUACAGCAGACGCUAAAUAGACAUUUUUUUUUUUUUAUUUUAGCAUAUUUGCAGUAUCGACCUGGUCAAAGCAGCUAG